AUGGCACGUAAAUUAACUUGUCAAGAAGUGAGUUCAUUGUUUGAGAGAAAGUUGUCUGAAAGGUCAGGUCUGGUGAAGGAUGUCAGGUCAGCAGAGUUCAUUCUUCGAGAAUAUGAAACUGCCACCGUCACCAAAUUCUGUUGUAGCAAGUCAACUGACAAAGGUUUUGGAAACACAGGUGAGAGGCCAAUCUUCUUGUCAUAUGCGAUUGUAUUUUUUCCGUCAUGUAAUAUCCUGGGCUUGAUGUUUCUUGGUAGACAUUUGAAUAAAGUAGGGGGAUUUGAUCUAAAGGUACUUAGGGGGGAUGGUGAGCGGUAGAUGAGAGUUGACUGUAAGAACGAUAUCUCACUUAUUUGACGGGCCCUAUGCAUGCUCGUAAGUGACAAGUAACUAGGUAUCAUUAUCGAUGUCAUGAUCCUUUUUGACACAUUAUUGUCUAAAGGAAGGGUGACAAGUUGACUAUGCUUCUCAAAUUUGUAAAAAUUUGUUUUGUAACAUAGACUUGGCAGCUAAAAAACACAAGGUAUUAUGGGAGGAUAGUCGUCUGCCAUUUGAUCACGUCCCAUUUGUCGUGGUAAAUCACAAGGUAUACGAUUGUCAACAUGGAGUAGAUAGACAUCUAAGCGAGAAAAGGAAAAACCAAGCGGUACGUUGAAAGUAUUUAUAUUUAAAUGAUUUUGCAGAUUUUUUAUUUUGCGUUGAUUAAUAACUAAAGGUCAAUAUCAAGUAGCCUUGAGUUUCCUCCUCCUUGCAUAAAGAUAAGAGAGUAAAUGAUCUGAAAAGAGGACUCGAUAGGAUAGGAUAUUUCAAUGUCCAACAUGGAAGAAAGUUUCAGUGGAAACGUGGUGUUAUAUCGCUGCUUCAAAAGUUUUCAUUAACAAGAAGACUUCUUUUUUUCCAAAAACAUGGGCCGGUGACCACGCCUAUCGAAGAAAUGGAGCUGGUAAGCUUUUACAAGAAUCAAGAAAACUCAACUGUCCCGCUCAAGUGCACAUGAGAGAAAUCAUCAAAUUUCCGGAGUACAAGGUAAGUCGGACUAAAGAAAUUGCAAAAUGUAAUUAAAACAAGGAAAACGCCGACCUAUAAAUGACAUCACAAAAACGUCAAUUUGUGUUCCUCCUUUUUACCUCUAGAUCUCGCAAAAGACGGAGUGGCGCUGUAAGAGUCAUUCCAAAAAGCUGCGCAACGCCAUAGAUGCUGGAACGGCAAAAACUGAAAGGUGGAUUAACAUCCAUUUUCCCUCAGUCGAUGAACACACCGUGCACCCAACUGGAGAAGUAAGCUCUUACAAUUAAAUACCCAGUUACCGUCGUCACAGUUUUUGUUGCGGGCUACGUAACUGGUCCUUCUCAUAGAAAUGAGUGGGUCAAAAACCGCAUUUAGUCGUGUACGUAAGAAUUAUUUUUCGAUUUUCUUAAUCUCAUUAUUUACUUUUUUUACGCUUGACUUCUGAUUCAUUCAUUUCUUUGUUAAUUUUGAAUUUAGGCAGGAGGUCUGUUUCAGCGCAUAGAUGAGAGGCUCGUGGCAAAAAUACAAGAACUCGUAUGUGCAGGAGCAAGAUCAGAGAAAGAGAUACGCCGACAUUUAAAGAUCUUUGUGUAA